AUGGCAAGCCAUACUAACGGAGAUCACGGCCACAGCCACGGCCACGGUCGAGAUGAAUCAACCCCGCUUCUACCACAGAUUUCUAGUCACAUUGCACACGAAGGUGAGAGUGGACGGAGUGGAUUUCAUCCGCGUCACUUUCUGACUGUCCUCUGGCGAAGCUCAUGCACCGCUUCGAAAUGGGUCAAUAUUCUGUGGCCUAUCGUCCCUGUGGCCAUAAUCCUCCAAUUCUUCCCUGGCUUGCAUCUAUGGAAAUUCGCUACCGCUUACGUCGCCGUCAUUCCGACAGCCAAUUUACUGGGAUUUAGUGGACAAGAGUUUGCUCGAAAGAUGCCCAAGGUGGCUGGUAUCCUCAUCGAGACGACGUUUGGGUCAAUCAUCGAAAUUAUCCUCUUUAUUGUGCUGCUCGCCAAGCAUAAAUCACAAUCUCCUGAGGACAAUGGAGACGAGGGCAAUCUCAUUCCCAUAAUUCAAGCCGCUAUCCUCGGUAGCAUCUUGACCAAUUUGUUGCUCUGUCUCGGACUGUGCUUCUUCGUUGGCGGACUCAAGCAGGCCAGCCAGAAAUUCCACCCCAUCGUUUCAGAAGUUGGAACUGGACUCUUACUCGUUGCCGCCUUCGGUCUCCUGAUCCCCAGCGCAUUCUACUCUGCUCUCAAAGCCGAGGUCGUACCAGACUUCCCAGGAUUCAAGGUGCUCCACGAGAAGUUCACAGAGGGAAAACUCCAGGAUGACGUUCUCCGCAUCAGCCAGGCUACGUCCGUUGCACUGAUCAUCGCAUUCGCCUUUUAUAUAAUCUACCAGGCCAGUAGCCAGCACAGUCUCUUUGAUGAAGUGAUUGAGAUGGACGAGCAUAGGGACGCUGAUCGUGAGGAGGAUAUGGAGAAGCCAAAGUUCACCAUGACCGAGACAAUUGUGGCCCUUCUCAUUGCUUUGGGAUUUGUGACUGCUCUUCUCAUCUUCCUUGUUGAGAAGAUCGAGCAUGUCGUCGAAGCUGGUGUACCAGAUCAAUUCUUGGGUCUUAUUAUGUUGCCCUUUGUUGAGAAGGCCGCGGAACAUUUGACAGCUAUCGAUGAAGCAUGGGACGGAGUCAUCAAUGUCGCUUUGUAUCACUGCUUGGGCCCAUCCAUCCAGAUAGCGCUCUUCAACGCCCCUCUAGUUGUCCUUGUCGGUUUGGCUAUGGGAAAGCCCAUGGACUUGAACUUUGAGAUCUUCAUGAUUGUUCUGCUUGUUCUGUCUAUCUUGGUUGUAGGCAACUUUCUCCGUGACGGCGAAUCCAAUUGGCUCGAAGGAGCACUGCUUGUGAUCAUCUACGCAAUCAUUGCUAUCGCUUGUUGGUACUACCCCAACCCUGACGUGGCCACCUCCAACGGUCUCGAAGGUUCGGAAAUGGUUAAUGUCACCAUGAGUGUUGAUGCACUUCGCGAGUUGCAGAAGCUUUUGAGCACGACUUUGCCUCUGUAG